AUGUCUCAAACCAGAUAUGUGGACAGGCCGAUUCCUCAAAUCUCCCUAGCCGACUUCGAAAACCGAAUCGAAGAACUGACCGCAGAGCUAAUUGACGCUGCGGAAAAUGUGGGAUUCUUCACAUUAGUCAAUCACGGUAUCACGAAAGAAGACGUUGAUGCGAUAUUUGCGACGUCAAAAUCCUUCUUCGACCUACCUGACGAAGCCAAAGCGACUGUUCCCUGGAACGCGAACAACGUCGGCUGGGAGAAGAACUCUCAGAUCCGUCCAUCAACCGGAAAACCCGACAGCAAAGAGUCAUACCAAAUGCAGUUCGGUGAAAACAUGAAAGACCUAUGGGUUUCUGAAAAGCAUCUUCCCGGGUUUCAAACUACAUCCCUUGAAUUCAUGAAGCGAGUGCAAAGUAUAUCGGAAUGUCUCAUGCGAUGCUUUGCACGCGGACUUGGAUUCCCAGAGGAUUUCUUCGUUCAAUGCCAUGAUGUAUCACGACCAGACUCGCAGACCACCAUGCGACUACUUCAUUACUUUGCGCUGCCAGAGGAAGCAGAUGGAAAUGUGUAUCAUCGCGCUGGGGCACAUGCUGACUGGGAUUUCCUGACUUUACUGUUUCAGAAGGAAGGACAGAGCGGGCUGGAGAUCUGUCCGGGGCGCGAGUCGGUCACGGAGUUUGGUAUUGGGGACCAGUGGACUAAGGUGGAAGCAAAGACUGGGGAGAUCGUUUGCAAUAUUGGGGACUUACUCAUGUCUUGGUCGGAUGAUCGGUUCAAGUCGACAUUUCAUCGCGUGAAGGCGCCGUGUGAGGCUGGGGAUUAUUAUGGGGACCGGUACAGCAUUGCAUUUUUCAAUCAGCCUUGCAAGGAUUCUUUGAUUCAGGGACCGUUGAAGAAGUAUCCCAUGGUUACUGGGGCUCAAUUUAAUGAGAAUGCCAUGAAGAGAAAUUUUGCUGCGCUGCAGGUAAAGUUGCAGGCUGUUGAGGCAUAA